CUGGCAUAUCUUGUGCCUUUUCCCCACAACCAAGGUUUUGUCGAAGGCAACCACCACGAGGAACCCUCGCGUCCACCCACCACCGCCACCAUGCCUCUUGCCAUCGAUCUCCUGAACCCUCGCCCCGAGCGGGAGGCGACAAAGCACAAGCUGAAGCGCCUGGUUCAGUCGCCGGACUCUUACUUCAUGGACGUCCGCUGCCCUGGCUGCGCCUUCAUCUCCACCGUCUUCUCGCACGCCUCCACCGUCGUGGUCUGCAGCAACUGCACUCAGAUCCUGUGCCAGCCAACUGGUGGCAAGGCCCGCCUCACAGAGGGCUGCAGCUUCAGGAAGAAGAAGACCUUCUAAAGCCGCUGGUUGCAUUUGAACCGCUGUCUUUGCGUGCGCAACGUGUGUACUGCGUGCGCGGUGCUGCCUGCUGCGUUCCCUUGCUUGCAUGUUCUGAGCUGAGUGUUGGUUCGUCAAGGAUCCCUUUGCACCAUUGCAUGGCACCGCAGUUGUCGCGUCAGUACACACCGCGCCAAGACACCACACCCGAACCGAUUUUGAU